AUGAUGAUUCUGAUUUUGAAGACCCUAACCCAGUUAUCAGCCAAAAUACAAGGAAAUCACCUCCAGUUGCAACAACCAAAGCAUCAGGUGAAGAAAGCUAGAGAAGACAUGGGCAACCCUCAAUCAAUUAAGACAAGAGUUAAAGUCAAGAAACUGAACAACAUAAAAUCAAAGAAAGGGAGUUCAUCUCGUUUGACGAUUGACCAAAGGGAAUAUUUAUCAUACCUUGGAUUUGGUCCCCUUUUAAAUACAAGGGUAGAUGGGUCGGCAUCACGAAUUGGGUACUAUGUGGUCAACAACUUUGACCCUGAACGCAUGGUAUUGAAUGUCGAGCAUGGUGAGAUACCAAUCAAUAGGCAAUUGAUACAUGACAUGUUAGGUCUCCCUUCGGGGAAUGCAAAUAUCAAUUCAUUAAAGUGCACACCCGCUGAAGACAAAACUGUUGAUUUGUGGUCCGCACAGUUCGAGUCAGAAAAUGAUGUUAGGACCAAAGGCGUACAAAGGGCGAUUAAGAGAUUAAAAGAUGUUAGGCUAUUGUUUAAAGUGAAUUUUUUUGGUGCUUAUUUGUAA